ACACCGAAGUUCGCAUAAAACGGAUUCCGAGCGAGUGUUCCGGUCAGCUCAGUCCUUUUCGUUCCUCCAAGAGAGUCAGUCGGUGGGUGUCGCUGGAUCGACGUUUUCGUUUCAUUCUUCUGACAUGCAGCACCUGCGACCGUUUGUCUAUUAGCGUCGAUACAAUUCGCGAAAAUAAUAAGGGUCGUUUAAUCUUCCCGCCGAUGAUAAAGGGUCGUUCCAAUGAUGAAAUUACUGGCAGGGGUUGAGGAAUGCGACAAGCAGGGAAACGGCCACGUGGCGGGUACCACGAGGGAAAGGCAGAGUGUCAAGGCUGUCCAGGAAGCCGGAAAACCUCUCGUAGCUGAGUUGACCGAAGGGAACGAUAACCUGGCAAGUGCCGCGAUCAAGGACAAGACAGCCUUCGAAGAUGAGGAAAGAAUGCGAAGGAUACUGCCGUUCGCAGAGGCACCUGAGUACCUCCAGUUCAAUCCGUACAUCCUGCACGGUUACCGAGGAUACUUGACCACCAAAUUAUGCCUCGAAAGUAUUUUUUGGUGGACGAAUGAGACGAUCAACAUAUGGAGCCACAUAUUCGGCUGGAUGUUGUUCCUCGGAUUAACGCUCUACGAUCUCUGUUUGCUCAACAUACACGCGCCGUUCGGUGACAAGCUGAUCGUCGCUCUCCUGCUCAUAUGCUUUCAGGCAUGCAUGAUACUGUCUUCCAUGUACCACACAUUUUCCUGCCGGAGCGAGAAGGAUUAUUGGUGUUUCCUGUCCUUCGACCUCUUCGGCAUCGCCCUCAGUCUCCUGGCGAUCUACAUGUCGGGAGUCUACUACGCCUUCUGGUGCCACAAGGAACUUCAGCAGUUCUACCUGACUACCGUACUGCUGAUAUUCGUCGUGGCGAUGCUCCUGCAAGUCCCGAAGUUCAACGUGAACGGGAACGUCAAGUUGCUGGUCUUCGUCGCUUGGGCGGCAUACGGAGUCCUGCCAACCCUUCACUGGAGCAUCGCCAUGGGAGGGAUGGAGAACCCAAUGGUAGCGAUGCUGCUGCCCAGGGUUCUCGGCAUGUACGUUAUAAGCGGAGGUGCCUUCCUCAUAUACAUGAGCCGGAUACCGGAGCGUUUUUUCCCCGGUUCCGUGGACUACAUCGGUUCCUCCCAUCAGUGGUGGCAUGCCCUCGUCGUCGCGGCCCUCUACUACUGGCACAACACCGGCAUGCUCUACGUCGAGUACAGGCUGAACCAUGGAUGUCCAACGAACAUGCGACUCUGACACGGGGAUUCGGCUAUUUCACACUCGGGUCCGUAUUUUGCGAUGGAAUGUGCCUGCGCCAUGGAGUUUAGGAUAUGGCGAUCGGGCUGGUACCAGAAGGGAAUCCCUUUCUAUGCCAGAGAAGCGUUGGAAAGUUGCAUCGUGGAGAAUCCGAUAUCCUCCUACAUAGCUCUACGGGGUGGGACUUGACGUGGAUGACAUUUGCGGCGAUUCGCAAAUCCCCAAUUCCGGUUCACGUCUUGUGAGGAAUAUCGCUCAGCUCAAGGUUGCAGGACCAGACUGCAUUCGCGCCGUCGGAGUGAGAUAGCCGUUUUAAAAUAAAAAAAUAAAGUCCUUACGCAAGAGGACGGAAAUGGAGAGAUCAAGUCAAUUCAAAGAAACUUAGGCUCAAUUUGAAUAUUGUGUUCAUUUUCAUUUUUCGCCUAGUUAAAAAUAAAAACACGCCUUAUAAAUCAGAUGUUGUAAAUUGACGUGAAAGCUUUCGGACAUUUCAAUACAACCAUAGUGUGUAUACUUUUGUGGAACUGCAGUUGACUCAUAAUCAAUAUUGAUGAAAAAUAGAAAACGAAAAUUCGAUAAACAAAAUUAUAUAUGUAUACACAGCACAUUGAGUCCGAGUUGUGCAGUUCCUUCAAUUUUCUGUUCUGAUCAGCUGUUCUCAGGCGUCUGAAUAUUUACAUUACAAGAAUAUAUUAUCUAUAUGUGAUUCAGUGAUAAUAAUUCGUAAGAUUUUGAUACUAUAUUACAGUAGCUUGUAUGUAUAUGACGUGAAAUAAUUUUCUUGUCAAAUUGUUGUUUUGUAAUUUUAGCUAAUUAAUUGAUUAUUAUCAACCAGGAAGUUGAUUCCAAGUAGUUGCGUCAGGGAAUUACUUAGACUUAUUGUAUAGACCCUGAUGUGGCGAGUAUCACUCGCACCCUUAGUGCCUUGGUAUCAUGGCAAUCUAAUGUUUCAGCCUGCCGUUUCAGCAGUAUUCAAAAUACACGCUAGGCAAGAAACUCGUAGAAAUGUAUCGAGGUUAAACGAAUUUUUUUUCUACGAUAUAAAAAAUUUCUAUGUACCUAAUGGAACAAACUUGCUUAAACACUUCACUCGUUGAGUAUACAAGUGUAAGUGAACAAGUCGGUUUCUAAAUUUAUAAUAAUUCGGUAUAAUUGAAGAGUGCAUUUCACCAUGCGAAACAUUUUAGAAAAAUCUAUCAUACACACAGCAUAUUGCACUAUACGGUACACACCCUACGCUAGUUAAUUAAUUGUUGUUAAUCCUGUUAUAAAUUAUUGAUCAAUAUAUUUACGGUAGCACGA